UCGUGUACGUGGCUCCGUACCUUCGGAUGAGGAAGUGCGACUUAAAUCAUUUCGAUGUCAUCCUUAGAACAGCAUAUAAGAAGGCGCUGGGACUGUCGGUAAAAACAUCUACGGAGCGCUUGCUGCAGUUGGGGGUGCACAACACAACAGAUGAGCUAAUUGAGGCCCACCUGUUAGGUCAAUAUGCCAGAUUGGCAGGAACGAAAACGGGGCGCAAGGUGCUGGAGGACUUGAACAUCAGCUGCCCUUACCACACGGCAGCAAGACAAGACAUCCCGAAAGAGUGGAGGAGCAAGUUUGCGACACUGCCACUCCCGAAAAAAAUGCACCCUGAACAUCAUCAAGCAAGGAGGAGAGCGAGAGCCAAGAAGAUGGACAGGAUCUAUUCUAAAAUAGAGGGAGCCUUCUUCGUGGAUGCUGCGGGUCCUGUAGGAGGGGUCUCGACAAUAUCGGUUGUGCAUCAAGGUAAAACGGUCAAUGGGCUUUCUGUUCGGCACGGGGAAAUUGCAGAGUUGGAAGAGGUGGCGAUUGCUACGGCAGAUUCGGAUCCUAAUUCCGAAUACAUCAUUACGGAUUCGCAAACUGCUUAUAGAAAUUACAUGCGGGGCAGAAUUGCGCCGCUGGCUUGCAGGAUUCUGAAACAAUCUGGGGUCUUCGCUUCGCGCAAAGAGCUGAUUUGGGUGCCAGGUCAUCAGGGAGUAGAGGGAAAUGAGCGUGCACACGCCGCCGCCCGAGCUUUCCUCCCCCGGGGUCCCUCCUCCUCUCUCCCCGUAGAACCGGAACUCCCAUUGUCAUUAGUAACAUAUGCAGAUGUAUUACAGCACUUGCGCCUAUCGCGAAGAAAAUACCCGGGCCCUGCCAAGGGAUUAGAUAAAUCAGAAGAAGUUCAUCUACGGAGAUUACAAACCAUGCCAUUUAGCAAUCCAGUAAAGCUACAUGCUAUCGAGCCACAAUCCUUUUCAGCCGAAUGUAAAUUCUGCGGGCAGAAAGCAGAUUUGUACCAUAUGGUAUGGGCCUGUCAGGCUAAUAGUGCCUUAGAAACCACACAACAGCCAACGUGGGAAGGAUGGGAGGCAGCCCUGUCCAGCUCAACCCUCGAGGACCAGCAAGCCCUCGUGAAAAGAGCCAGGGCCGCGGCCUUAGCCAACGGAAUCCCGGAAUAAGGAUCCGACCACCCUUCCCCUAACUCCCCUCUCCUUUUCCUGUCAACAAAAUGUUUUCAUCAUC